UAGUUCGUACUUGUUUAGUGUUGAAUUGGGACCAAGACAAAAAAAGUUCUUCUAUCGAAGAGGCCCGCGCUUUUUUUGUUGAAAUAAGCACAAAUGGUCUGAUUCGUGAUUUCCUAAGAAUCAACCUAGUGAAAUCCCAUAUUUCAUAUAUCGGUAGAAAAAGGAAUGAUCCAUCAGGUUCAGAACUGAUCUCUAAUAAUGGGUCAGAUCGCACCAAUAUUAAUCCAUUUUAUCCCAUUUAUUCCAAGACAAGGAUUCAACAAUCACUUAAACAAAAUCAAGGAACUAUUAGUACGUUGUUGAAUAGAAAUAAGGAAUGUAAAUCUUUGAUAAUUUUGUCAUCAUCUAAUUGUUUUCGAAUGGAUCCAUUCAACGAUGUAAAACAUCACAAUGGAAUAAAAGAAUCAAUUAAAAGAGAUCCUAUAAUUCCAAUUAGAAAUUCGUUGGGCCCUUUAGGAACAGCCCUUCAAAUUUCGAAUUUUUAUUUAUUUUACCAUUUUAAUUUAAUAUUAAUAACUCAUAAUCAGAUCUCGGUAACUAAAUAUUCGAAACUUGACAAUUUAAAACAGACUUUUCAAGUACUUAAAUAUUAUUUAAUGGAUGAAAACGGGAGAAUUGUUAAUCCCGAUCCAUGCAGUAACAGCGUUUUGAAUCCAUUCAAUUUGAAUUGGUAUUUUCUCCAUCAUAAUUAUUGUGAAGAAAGAUUCACAAUAAUUAGCCUGGGACAGUUUAUUUGUGAAAAUUUAUGUAUGGCCAAAAAGGGACCACAUCUAAAAUCGGGUCAAGUUAUAAUUGUUCACAUUGACUCUGUAGUAAUAAGAUCCGCUAAGCCUUAUUUGGCCACUCCAGGAGCAACCGUUCAUGGCCAUUAUGGAGAAAUCCUUUACGAAGGAAAUACAUUAGUUACAUUUAUAUAUGAAAAAUCGAGAUCUGGUGAUAUAACGCAGGGUCUUCCAAAAGUGGAACAAGUGUUAGAAGUGCGUUCAAUUGAUUCAAUAUCAAUAAACCUAGAAAAGAGAGUGGAGGGUUGGAACGAGUGUAUAACAAGAAUUCUGGGAAUUCCUUGGGGAUUCUUGAUUGGUACUGAGCUAACUAUAGUGCAAAGUCGUAUCUCUUUAGUUAAUAAGAUCAAAAAGGUUUAUCGAUCCCAAGGGGUGCAGAUCCAUAAUAGGCAUAUAGAAAUUAUUGUACGUCAAAUAACAUCAAAAGUAUUGGUUUCAGAAGACGGAAUGUCUAAUGUUUUUUCACCCGGAGAACUAAUUGGAUUGUUGCGAGCGGAACGAACGGGACGCGCUUUGGAAGAAGCCAUCUGUUACGGGGCCAUAUUAUUGGGAAUAACGCGAGCAUCUCUGAAUACUCAAAGUUUCAUAUCCGAGGCUAGUUUUCAAGAAACUACUCGCGUUUUAGCAAAAGCUGCUCUCCGCGGUCGUAUCGAUUGGUUGAAAGGCCUGAAAGAAAACGUUGUUCUAGGCGGUAUGAUACCCGUUGGUACCGGAUUCAAAGGAUUAGUGCAAGGCUCAAGGCAACAUAAGAACAUUCCUUUGAAAACCAAAAAGAAGCAUUUAUUCGAGGGGGAAUUUAGAGAUAGAGAUAUUUUAUUCCACUACAGAGAGUUAUUUGAUUCUUGCAUUUCAAAAAAUUUCUAUGAUACAUCAGAACAACCAUUUAUAGGAUUUAAUGAUUCCUAA